AUGCAAAUUCCAAAAGGUACGAGCGUCACUACUCAAGCUGGGCCUAGUAACUCACAAAAAGGGAAGGCUAGAGUGUUAGCAAGCAGCCCAAAACCUGUAUCGAACAAUAAUCGUCGAAAUGGUGAAUCACAAGCUCCACUUCCCGAAGCCGACGAGCGUUUUGCGCGCGUAACAUAUCUACAAAAUGGGCGUAUAGAUACCUACCAGCUUAAAUCCAAACUAACGGAAUACUUGGGAAAUAAUGCUUCCAUGUAUUGGGUAACUUUGAAACGAUUAAUCUACUGUAAGAUUCGACGUAUUGACUUUGAUCGAAUUGUGAGGCCUCUAUUUGAUAAGGAGCACUUGGACCUCCAUAAUAUGUUAUUAUUUGGUAUAUUCAGAAAUUGUCUCAACAAGGAAGGACCGCCUCCACAACCAGAAUCGCAUUCGAAAAAGCGUGGACGAGAUGGUGAUGAAGAAACAAGCGUCUCGGCACCUGACUCAAAAAGAAAAAGAUUAAAGGAGAUCAUCAUGGGGUUGCCAAAGGAUGAGAGAGAAAGAAUCAAAGAUAUCGCGAAGGCAUUACAUUCUUUCACUUCUUCUACAUCAUUACCACCGCCGAAAACUGAACGACUCCCUCGGUACGAUAUCCAGGAUGGGGUAUUUCGGCCUCAAUCCGAUGGCAUGCAUGUACCAACGUGUGCUGAACAAAAAGCAUUGCCUGAUCACAGGGCAUUAUUCGGGAGAUUAAAUGAAAUAGCACAUUCAAACGGACUAAAAAAUGUCUCCGAAGAUUGUGUUCAGUUGAUGAAUUAUGCGUUGGAGUCGCAUUUAAAGAAUAUUCUUGGUAAUUGCAUUCAAAAGACGAGGUCUGGUAGUUCGGCUUUAGCUAAUGGCAACUCGGCAAGAAUUGGCCGGAUGUAUCAAGAUAAGACUUCGAUCACGGGACAAGAUAUGGCUUUUUCUCUAGAUAUGUCACCCCAUAUCCUAGUCGAGCCUUCAUUAGCUCGUGAACGAUUGACUUCUGUAGUGUUGGACGAUAACGAAGUGUGCGUUGAGGAUGAAGAUGGUAUCGAGGAGUCCGCUGCAUCGGAGAACAGCUUGUUCUCCGCUUAG